AUGGCUUAUUUAUUAAUAAAUUAGUACUUAAAGAAGCGUUCACAACAUCAAUUACCUAAUUCUCCAAAAAAUAAAACUGAAAUUUUAACAGCAAAUAAACCAUAACCAUUAAUUUAUUUAAAGAGUGUUGAAAAAAGAAAUAAAUUAGAAAAAUAUCAUAACAAAAAUACUUCAUAAGGAAGUAUUGGUUUUUUUCUUCAAAAGAGUUUGAUUGAAGAUGAAAACUUUUAACGGAUGGAUAUUGAAUUUAACAUGAUUGAUAAAUAUUAAAAUGAAAUUUCUAGUUUAAAAUAAGAAAACCAAACAUUUUAAUAAAAAUUAAAAGAUUAAGGUGUAACAAUAGAUUAAUUAAAAUAAAUGAUAGAAUUAAUUGAAAAUAAAAGAAAAUAAGGUAAUAAUUAAUUAUUAAUGAAGAAUUAUAAUAACUAAAAAUAAAUUAUAUUAAAAAAAUCAAGCAAAUGCACUAAUUGAUGUAAUUAAACAAAAUUUUAGAUUAGGUUAGAGAAAGAUAACAAGAUUCAUUAAUUAGAGAAGACCAAAGAAAUUGAAAUCUAAAGUUUAUAAUUAUUAUAAAAAAAAGAUUCACAAUUAUAGAAAAAUACAGAAGAUAAAUAAAAAUUAGAAAAAAUAUUAUAAGAGCAAGAAAAACUGUUUCUUGAAACUUAAGAAAUCAAUUAAACACACUUUUAAAAUAUAUUAAAAGAGACUUUUCAAUCACUUACAAAAAAUGAAUCUAAACUUAAAUAAAUUAAUUCAAUUUUUUAAAUUUAAUUUCAUGAAAUUAAGAAUUAAGAAAAAUAAAUUCCAAGUUUUGUUGAUUAAUUAUAAUAAAAAAUUCAAAAAGUAAUUCAAAUAGUAAAAAAUAAAUAAUAAGAUUUAAUCGAUUUUGAUGAUUAAAUUGAAUUAGAAUAUUAACAUUGCUAAAAUUUAGUCAAAACUGUAUUAAACAAAUUAAUAAAUGUCAUUAAAAUAUCUGAAAAACAAGGACAGAAUUUAAAUUACGAGAAAAGUAAUCAAGAAUAAAAAAAAGAUUAAAUUAUCCUUAAAGAAAAUCUGAGAUUCUUAUUAUUAUACCAAAGCAUUUUAAGUAAAUUAUUUGAUUCUUUUCAAUAAUUGAUGAAAGUUUGUAAACAAGUAAGAUUAACUUAGAUUGAUUAAAACUUUACCAUAAAUCAAUAAUCAGACAAUUAUUAUUCAAAAAAUCAAUUCUAAUCUGUAAAAAACAAUUAAUUGCAGUUAGCAUAAAUUAGUAUUUGAUAUUUUUUAUUUGAGAUUAACAAAAGUUAGAAAAAAGUGUUCAAAUAAAUAAUCCCAUAUCAACACAAACUUCAACUGAAUAAAUUGCUUUAUGGUGUGGCAAGUGUUAAUUAAAUGAUUUGAUAACUUAAGAAUUAAUUUAUGUUGUCAAUUGUAAAUGUUGGUCACUCAUGAAUGAAUCAUCUAAAAAAAUAUAAAUUUGA